AUGAAAGCGUUCGUGGUAUUGUGUCUAGUGGCAGCAGCCGCGGCGAUGCCGACGGCGAAGGAAGACGGUGUCAUGGAGCGGUUCAUCUCAACGCUGAGGGAUUGCGUGGAGACUGACACCAUGCUGUGUCUGAAGGAAAAGGCGAUGAAGUUCACAGAUAAUCUUGCCGUAUCGAAAGAUCUGAACUUAGUGGAAGGAGUCACAUUCGCCAGGACAGGAAGUCCACGAUCUUCCCGAAGUUAUGAGCCCCUAGACCAAGACCCGAAGACCAGAGAACAGCAAGUUGAAGAAAGAAUUAUGGAUAAUGUCGUUGACUUCUUGGACAACCACGCUUUACAGUUGAGAAUGCCGAAAUCUUUUAUCGAAGAUAAUUCCGUCGAUGAGGAAGGUCGUGGUAAGAAGAAGAAGAAGCUGAAGAAGCUCCUCCCAAUCCUGGCUCUUAUCAAACUGAAGUUGGCAGCACUUAUUCCCCUAUUCCUUGGCAUCAUCGCGUUCGCUGUGUUCAAGGCCUACCUACUUGGCAAGGUAGCGUUUAUCGCCGCUGCCCUUGGAGCUUUGAAGAAACUUCUAGAUUCUAAGAAGAACAGCGGUUGGUCGGAGCCAGCUCAUGAGGAACAUGGCUGGGAAAGCAGCGGUGGUUGGGGCAGGUCACUAGACGCCCAGAGCUUAGCAUAUGCCGCUCACGCUAAGCAAACGUAG